AUGAAUCCAUUGCCUGUAUCUCUCUGCGUUUCUCCUCUAGAGCAGUUUUUUCCACCGAACGUAACGGUCCAAGAUGACAGACCAACGGAACACCUGGGCUCAGUGAACCUGUCUUGUAGCCCUCUGAACAGUGGGGUGACCCUUCGCUGGUUUGUAGACAAUGAACUGGUCAUGGAGAGUGACAGACUCCAGCUGUCUGCAGACAGAAGGACUCUGACCAUCCCCAGGGUCAGCAGGAAUGAUUCGGGAAUCUACCAGUGUGAGGCCCGGAAUGAACUCACAUUCAGCCUGAGUAGCCCCGUUGUGAUAAACGUGACCUAUGGUCCAGAUCCGCCCAUGGUCAGUUCUGUGGGUUCAGAUUUUGUCAUCGGAUCCAACCUCACGCUGUCCUGCUUUGCCAGCUCUAAUCCUGCAGCUCACUAUACUUGGUGGGUCAAUGGGACUGAGGGACCAUCUGGUCAGCAGCUCUUCAUUCCAAACAUCUCCAGGAGAAACUCAGGAGUCUAUGCUUGCAAGGCUACUAAUCCCCUCUCUGGCCUCCACAGCACAGUAGAAACAGCAAUCAGUAUAUCAGAGACACUGACCCAGCCGGGUGUUGUGCUCAAUAACUCAGGCCCAGUUGAGAACAAGGACUCAGUCAACCUGACCUGUGUUCCUCCAAGGAGUACGGUGGCCAUCUUCUGGUUCAAGGAUGGUGAGGUCCUCCUCAGAGGUCGCCGGGGGCUAGACCUGUCUCCAGACAACAGGACCCUUACCUUGGAAGUUGUCACUAGGAAUGACAGUGGCCUUUACCAGUGUGAAGCCAGGAAUCCUGCUGUGGCCAGUAUCGGUGCCCCCAUCACCCUCAAAGUCAUCUAUGGUCCAGAUAUUCCCAUUGUUACCCCUCCAAACUCUACCUUUGUGGAAGGUUCUGCCCUCACCAUCUCCUGCUUCUCUGACUCCAAUCCUCCUGCUCAGUACAGGUGGGAGAUUGAUGGGACACCUGGGCCAUCAACUCAACAUCUCUCCAUCCCUGAUGUCUCUCUGGACAAUUCAGGUGUGUACACCUGUGAGGCCUCCAACAUCAUCACCCAUCACAGAAGCACAGCACAGGCAAGGAUCCAGGUGUCAGGGCUGGUGUCGGGACCAGCCUCCACGUCUUUGUCCAUCAUUAAACAGAUACUCCAAGAGAUCCAGGUGGGGCAGAACUUGGUGUCAGAACUCAUGGAUAUUCCCCACAGAGGCUUCAGCCCUUGGAAAAGGUUUCUUCUCACAGCCUCUCUCCUUACCUCGUGGAGCUCUCAAGGUGCCGCCCAGCUCACCAUCGUUUCCCAACCAUCCAUUGCUGUCGUGGGUGAGAAUGUCCUUCUCUCCCUCCAUGGCCUCCAGGAGGGAAGUUUUUCGACCCUGACCUGGUAUCAAGGACUGGACUUUUUGGACGCCGUCCUGUCCUAUAGUGCGGACACAGGGACGGUGACCACAGGCCUUGCGUUUACCCUUCGGGAGAGCCUCCAACCCAAUGGAUCCCUCAUCAUCAAUGGCGUCAGCUUGACUGACUCUGGAAACUACAGCGUCCUCGUGCACAGCAGAGGGAGUGGACUGAUGUCAGCCACAGGAAGUUUUCGAGUGUUCGAGAUGCCAUCCAAACCCACCAUCUUCUGGGAGGGUAGAAGCGACGUCGUUGAGUUCCAGACCCCGGGGAGGUUCUCGUGCGUCUCCCAGGACGUGGGUGUCAACAUCCAGUGGUUCCUGAAUAACACACACCUCCCGCUCGGCCCGCACCUGUCUCUGUCUUCGGAUAACAGAACCCUCACCUUUGACAAUGUCACCAGAAGGGACACCGGCUAUUACCAGUGUGAAGUCUGGAAUCUGGUGGGCGCCCAGAGCAGUGACAGCGCCUACCUGUUGGUCUACUAUGGACCAGACCAAGUCAUGAUUGUGUCCAACAAUGGAUCUGUUUGGGUUGACAACAUUGCAGUGGAAAUCAGCUCCAACCUCACAUUGCAGUGUCUGGCUGAGUCCAAUCCUGACCCCAACUAUACCUGGUUUUUCAAUGAAUCUUCCCAGUUGGGUUAUGGGACCAAUUAUUUCAUCUCAAAUGUCUCCAGUAUUCAUGAAGGAAGUUACAGGUGUUCAGUGGAAAACAGAGUGACUUCAAGGUCCAGCUCAGCAUCUGUCAUUGUCAGGGUGUUUGAGAAGGUGACCAAACCAAAUCUUUUGAUCAGUGAUGAAUUCGUUGUGGAAGACAAGGGUGCGGUAAACUUUACCUGUGUAACUCCGGAUACUGAGAUCGAGGUUCAGUGGCUUUUGGACAAUCAGAACCUUCUACUGAGUGACCGGCUGGUGCUGUCUCAGGGGAACCGAACGCUGACCAUAACCCAGGCUCGGAGGGAGGAUGCUGGGCAAUAUCAAUGCAUCACUCAGAAUUUGAUCAGCACCUCCAGCAGUGACCCAAUAACUUUGACUGUGUACUAUGGACCUGACUCUCUUAAUAUCACAGCUGGGUCAAACGUAGUCAACAGCAUGGAGACCAAGCUUGACUCUAUGGUGAUAUUACAAUGUAAGGCACAUUCUUGGCCACCAGCCCAGUAUCGUUGGUCCUUCAAAGGCUCCAACUCAUUUGAGAUGGAUGGAUAUCAGCUCACUCUAUGGCCCAUAACCUGGAGUCAUCAGGGAACUUACACAUGCGAGGCAUGGAACAACUUGACCCAACUGUCCCGCUCAGCCACAGUCACCAUCAAGGUGGUUGAUUCCUCACUGUCUGCUGGAGAAAUUGCUGGCAUUGUGAUUGGAGUUCUGGCUUUUGUUGCCCUUCUCAUAGGACUGAUUUAUUUCCUGGUCAUCAGGAAAAGGAAAGAAGACCCUCCUCCCAGGAAAGUAGACCCUCCUCCCAGGAAAGUAGAAGACUCUCCUCCGGAGCCCAAUCAUGAUUAUGAGAUACCUGACAUAGCUAUACCAAGAGUUCCUGUGUUUCUUCCUUCGUUUCCAAAGGGCCCCCAGGACAACCCUGUCUAUCAGAAAGAACUACCUGGCAGAAAUAAUCACUUUCCACUUCCCAGGAACCCACUGCCUAAAGAAGAGUCAGUGUAUGAGAAAUUGGCUAAACCAUAUACUGAUGUGUAUGUCAUCAUCAAACCAGACACUUAGUCUUUUUUUUUCCAACUUGGAUUCAGAAGACCUGGUAUGGAGCCCCCAAUGCCACCAUUUACCACUGCAUGCUACUUGGCAGGCUGUCUCCUCUCUCUGGAUCUCAUUUUCUUCUCUGAAAUAAAGACACUAUUAUGUUAUCUUCUAGGGUUUCCAUGAGCAUAUGAAGGGAAAAAUUUACCUCAAGCACUUUGUCAC